AUGGCUGGACGGAGGCGGGCGCGGGCGGCUUCGAUAUCGACCGUUGCCACUGUAAACCAAAAUGCAAUUCGGUACCAGAAGGAAUCCGCUGUGCUCAAGCCCGUCAACCCUUCACUUCAUCCAGAUGAUUGGCCGUCCCUAGUACUGAAUGAUGCAACAGUGUACAGAAGGGAUGGCACAGUUGCGAACCUUUUGAACAUGGACCUGGAAGGACCAUUCAUCAUUCGCGGCAUGCUUGAACUAGACGAGGAUCAGAAACAUCUUCAUGACACUGUAGUCAAGGGUCAUUCCAAAUCUACGUCGGCCUGGAUCGAAGUCUACUAUGCGACGCAAUUCUCGAUUGGCGAAAAUGACGAACAAAUCCCCAUCACAUGGGCAUUAGGCGAGUCGGGCUGGUUUGAAAUAGUUCCCUCGAUCCAGUAUGCCGAAAUGUACAAGUUUCUGGCCCAGGGCAUCUCGUUGCAUUACGGCCUGCUAGCUCGGUUAGAGGGCGAAAUGGAUACCCUAAAGCGUCUGGAAAAGGCGAAGCCCAAGAAACAGAGGCGCAAGAUCAACCUGCAAGACGUGCAUAUACCCAUAGAUGAACUACUCCUAAUGUACGCCAUUCGAGCCGGUGAUGGUUCUACACAGGACGAAGUUGUUCAAAGAUGCAAAGAUCACGCUCCAUUCCUCAUCUCACACUUUCCCAAGGGGACCGAUUUUGCCAGAUGGAUCGGCGAUCAGUAUCCUGACUUGGCGCAAAAAAUCGAAAGGAAAGGAACAUUGACUACUCCAAGUACUGAGCCCAUCCAAUUUAUGCUCCAGGAAUCUGUCCCCAUCGAAACUGGCAAUGCCAAAGGAAAACGUAAAGCAGCUCAUAGAGGCUCUUCUCAGCGAAGCACCCGAAGUAGUGAACAGGCUGAAUACAAAGCAGCUACUCUUUCUGUUGAUGGCUUGUGUAAGGAGCGAGCAAAGCCCAGGAGCAAGCGAGUUUCGCCAUCUGCCACUAAAAAUGAGUCGAUGGAAGAUACUGACGUGGAUAUGCGUGACUUUGCGCAAGAGGCAGCAUCCUCGCUUCCAUCCCAAAACCCUCCUGUGGCAGGUGCUUCAACUACUGGACCUUCUGCUUCAGCUGCUGAACCUGAGCCUGGGCUGGCCGUUGUCCUCCAUGUCCUGAAUGACGAACGUACAAAGGCCAUGGCUGAAUACAGUGAAGGCAAGCACAAGAAACACCCUGACAGGAUCACGGCGAGUAGUUGGCAAACCAAGGUCUAUAUGGCUUGCAGUAUGAAGGAAUAUGCCGCUAAGGCGGAAAUCUUCCAAUACUUUGCGUCUGAUCUAGUCUGUCAACUUGGACCCGAGUGGCAUGAGAGCGAGUUGUACGAUUGGGCCAAACAGCAUGCCAAAAAAAAACCUACGUUUGAGCAUAUUUCCGAGCAGGGAAUUCUUGGCCUUACACGACGCCAGAAGAUGCCACAGACUACUAAGCGUGAGGAAAAAACCCUCGGCGAGAAAGGAAGACCGCAGUCUGAGCACAUUGGGAAAACACCACGAACAGGCGGCAAAGCAGCUGGACUGCGUCCGUCUCUCGGAGGCAAGAAACGCUUACGUGAUGUGUAUGACGAAGAUGAUAUGGAUAUUGACGACGGCCUGCCACGUAGAAAAACAGCCAAGAUAUCACAAUACUUCACUGAUGAAGAGGAUGGCGGACAGGUGGCGGACGCAAGUUCAUCGGAAGAGGAAGACCAAACUCUGAAAUUAGGGUCGUUGACAAAGAUUGUCAUUCGCACCGAAAAUGUACCCUCUACAACAGCUAAAGGACCAAAUCACACUUGGACAUGCGAAGAGCCCGACUGUGGAUAUGUUGUCCGAGCUGCCAACGAGAAAGAUGGCCAGGACUUGAUCCGCCUUCACUUUGAGCAACACGAGAAGGAGGCGAGCGACGAAGCCAAGAAACGACAACUGAGCAAGAUCAACCUCGCAAUGCAGGAGAGUCGAGGACACAUGCCUAUCAAGUAUGCUUACUUUCCCCCUUUUCUUAUCAAGUUGCACUACCUGCGAAGCCCCAAAUCCUAA